GUUUCUUGUUUUUGCUCAAAAUCAGUAUAUGGAUUGUUUUAAGGAUAUGCAUGCUUUUCAAUUUGGCCUACUGAGUAUGAGAGGGAGAUAGAACAAUAAAUGGAGAAUUAAAUGUGCAUUUCAUUUUGGGUCAUUGAAUUUAAUGGUCUCUCUCAAGGCUCAAACUCCUCGAGAGCCAAGAAAGAGAUACUCCGUAUUACAGAACUUCUAUGCACAAUUUUCUUCCUGGUUCCUUCUGUGGUCGCUCUCUUUGUCCGUUUUAAGGGAUCUGAAAGGUUUAUCUCUAUAAAUUCUCAGAGAGUGUCACACUGGGGGGUCUCUUGAUCUUUGCCUAUUGUGUAUUUCCAGUCAGUGGAGCCCAAAUAUUUGAAAAUAUGCAUGAACCAAAUGGUUCUUGGGUUUUUUUCCCUUGAGAUGUUGGAAUUUGGUUUUUUAAAACAAAUUAAAGGGCUCUCUCUCUCUCUCUCUCUCUCUCUGAUUCUGCAAAGAUAUAAGAUUUAUUCCCUUUUGCUUUAAUCUAUAGGAGACAUAGUGGUUUGAUGGGCUGUAGUAUAAAAUUUAAGAUUUAGUUUUUUUCUCUGUUCUUUGGACACACAUACACUGUAAUUGUCAGCAAAAAAGAAAAAUCUUUCAUGCAUCUUUCACUAUGGAACCCAAUGUCGCUUUGUGCUGCUCUCAUAUUGGACAAGAAGGGCAAAAAGAGAGAUGGAUCAUCUAACCAUUCCCCGGAAAGAGUUAGGAGGAACCCAUCAUCAAGUCUGAGGAAGCUAGAAGAACACAGGAUCAAGGAGGCACUUGAGGAAGCAUCUGAAAAUGGUUCUCUUUUUAAAUCCCAAGGGAUAGACUCGGGGGCCAUUGAAAACCAGGAUGAGAGCUUGGGGAGAUCGCGGUCACUCGCAAGACUGCAUGCCCAGAAGGAAUUCCUCAAAGCCACUACUCUUGCUGCGGACCGCACAUUUGAGUCGGAGGACUCCAUUCCGGAACUCCAUGAAUCCUUCUCCAAGUUCCUCACCAUGUACCCUAAGUACCAGGCUUCAGAGAGGGUUGAUCAGCUGAGGUCUGAUGAGUAUUCUCACCUUUCCGGGUCCGAUCCUAAGGUAUUUCUUGACUACUGUGGAUUUGGGCUGUUUUCAUUUCUUCAAACGGUUCACUAUUGGGAUUCAUCAACAUUUAGCUUGUCUGAAAUUACUGCCAAUUUGAGCAAUCACGUUUUGUAUGGGGGCGCUGAGAAAGGCACCGUGGAACAUGAUAUUAAAGCAAGAAUUAUGGAUUACUUGAACAUCCCUGAGAACGAGUACGGCUUAGUGUUCACUGUUAGCAGAGGAUCAGCCUUUAAAUUGCUGGCUGAAUCAUACCCCUUUCACACGAACAAGAAGUUGUUGACAAUGUUUGAUCAUGAGAGCCAAUCUGUUAAUUGGAUGGCUCAGGCUGCCAGGGAGAAAGGUGCGAAAGUAUACAGCGCCUGGUUCAAAUGGCCAACCCUCAAGCUCUGUUCAACAGAUUUGAGGAAACAAAUCUCAAACAAAAAGAGGAGGAAGAAAGACUCGGCUACUGGCCUUUUUGUUUUUCCUGUCCAAUCUAGAGUCAGUGGAGCGAAGUAUUCUUACCAAUGGAUGGCUUUGGCUCAGCAGAACAAUUGGCAUGUCCUGCUUGAUGCCGGCGCACUAGGUCCCAAAGACAUGGAUUCACUAGGGCUGUCUUUGUUUCGACCAGAUUUCAUCAUCACCUCUUUUUAUAGGGUGUUUGGCUAUGACCCGACUGGAUUUGGAUGUCUAGUUAUAAAGAAAUCUGUGUUGGCAAGCCUUCAAAAUCAAUCUGGCCAUGCUGGCUCUGGUAUUGUGAAGAUCACUCCAGUUUUCCCUUUGUAUUUGAGUGAUUCAGCUGAUGGUUUCCCUGAAGACGGUGAAGAGAUUGAGGUUAUCAACGAUUCUCGGGCAGGGUCUCAGCUGCCCGCCUUUUCUGGCGCAUUCACAUCUGCCCAGGUCAGGGAUGUUUUUGAGACAGAAAUGGAUAACGAAAAUUUUUCAGACAAGGAUGGAACAAGCACAAUAAAAGAUAGUCCCUCCAUUCCAAUGUAUUACGAAGUAAUCGAGUUUGACUUAAAAAAGUCAAACUAGAUAAAUACACAUGAUAAUGUAUAAAAUAUGUUAUUUUUUUGGGAAAUCAAAAAUAAAAUGAAAAAUGUAAUUUUAUCACAAAUGGAACAAGUACUCCAUCCGUCUAUUAAAGAUCUUCUUGUUUA